AUUUGCUUCUACUAUGUCAUUUAACAAAAAAGGUAGAGAUGAUUUAAUGCAAAUAACAAAUGAUGAAGAUGGAAGAGAAAUUAAUCCCCACAUGCCUCAAUAUAUUAUUAAUGCUCCAUGUAUGAUUACUACCUGAUAUUUAGGGUAUUUAAAGGAAAGUACACCAUCAUUGAAGCAUCAAAGAAUAAGAAAAUAAUAGAACACAAGUACAUUUGAUAACUGGUAUCAAAGGGGAUCAAAAGUAUAUUCUUAAGUGAUUUAAUAAUAGGGAACAACUAAUUUAAAAUUUAAAAAAGGAGCUUGCACUAAUUGUGGUUCUACAACUCAUUAAAGUAAGGAUUGUUGUGAGAGACCCAGACAAAUAGGAGCUAAAUUCUCUAAUACAGAUAUUCAACCAGAUGACAUUUUAUCAAAUGUCUAGGGUCUUAAUUAUGAUGCAAAAAGAGAUAGAUGGAAUGGCUAUGAUCCAGAGACUUAUAAGUCAUAAAUCCAAGAAUAUGAGAUCCUAGAAGAGAAGCGAAAAGAAACUAGACUACAAGAAGGAUAAUAAACAGAAUCUGGAAAUUUAGAUGAUGAAUUUAAAGAUAAUGGAACUGGUGAACACUAAACUCAGAUGACCACCAGAGAUCCAAGAACUAAAACUAUGACUAGGAAUUUACGUAUCAGAGAAGAUAAAGCCAAUUAUUUAUUGAAUUUGGAUGUCAAUUCAGCAUAUUUUGAUCCUAAGUCUAGAUCUUUAAGAGAAAAUCCAAAUCCUCAUUUGCCUCCAGAAAAAUAAGUGUUUAAAGGGUUAAAUUAAAUAAGAUUGACUGGAGAAACCCUAUAAAUGUAUGAAUAAGAAAGAUUUGCAUGGUAGUAUGCAGAACAACACAAUUUAAAUCUGAAUACUGUAUCUCUGCCAACAUUAACCGAAAAGACUGUAUGAUAUUUGCAUUUAUUAGACUAGUAUAAACAAAUCAAGGCUAAGAAGGAGGAAUAGAAAAUUGGAAGAGCAGAGAGUUUGUUUGAUAGAUAUGGUGGAGAAGAACACUUGAAUCCACAAAUAGAUUUACUAUUGGGAUAAACAGAAAGGUUUGUUGAGUAUGAAGAGGAUGGCUUACCAAAGAAUCCUUUAAAAAAGAAGGACUUAACUAAAAGCAAAUACUUAGAAGAUUUCUUUUAUGGGGAUCAUACUAGUGUUUGGGGUAGUUGGUGGAGUGAUGUCCUUGGAUGGGGAUAUGAUUGUUGUUAUUCAAAUGAAAAACAUUCAGUCUGUCUAGGAGAAAAGGGGAGAAGAUUAUAAUUGAAUAAAGAAGCUCGAUUAAAAAGAGAAAUAGAAGAAGAUCUAUAAAAGGCACAAUCUUAAGAUUAAAAAUCUAGUCCUCAACAUUAACAUUAGCAACCUCAACAAUAAAUAAUCCAAUAAGUUUAAUAACAAUGA